AUGCUUUCCAUUACAAACAACUACAAAGUCCAGUCGUCUUUGGUAGGAUUCUUCAGCACCUCCUGCAAGGUCCCAUAUGAGCCACUGGGCAUCAAAAUAUACCCAACUAAGCUUAGGCACAGGGAUCUCCGAACGGAGAUUAGGAAUGUCCUUGCCCGCGCCUUGGAGGCGCCCACGCUAAGCAACCUGGAGUCCCUGUCUCUUAUUCUGGAGGAGGACACGCCUGCAAACCACGACUAUCAAACUGCCUGGAAGGAGGAUCCCAACUAUCCAAAUGGAGACAACCUGGGUCGCGCCCUGUGUAGACUCGCGCAGACUUCGCUUCGAGAUCUCUCUAUUAUCGGCCUCGUAUCUCCUGUCCUAUGGGGAGUCGACCCGACUCAUCCAGACCGGGAGGCUAAGACAUUCCCGUAUUUGGAGCAGCUAUCAGUCAGGUUUGCGCUCCACACCUAUGACGGACGCUGGUAUUAUACCGGAUGCCAGAGCAUGGAUGACAAUGAGGACGCAGGCGACGAAGAGAACCACGAAGAUGGAGAUGGUAUGGAGGACGAUCUACAGAGGCCAUUACACGGGCAAACCGACCCAGACUCGGACUUCGGCUCUUUCUCUUCAGAUGGUACGGAAUACACUAGUCAGGUUAACUGGGAACGCGAGAAAUACCUCGACGGCGAAUAUCCGUGCAAUAUAUGGCGCACGGAGCCAGAUCCCAAGAUGUUCGACCCUCUGAUUCAGGGGUUUGUAUCAGCGACACACCGUAUGCCUAGACUGCAGGUUGCCGAGAUCGUGACCGAUGGUCCCGAAAAUGGUGAAGUUGGCAAUGCGAUUACAUAUGCGGCGCCUGGUGCUAAGCUUCAAUCGGAGGAUUGGGUAGAAGAAGUGGCCAACUUGUCGAAUCCACGGUGGAUUGUCGCUCUUGGGUUUAGUUCUCCUUGGAUGCUACCGGACCCAAUCCCUGGCUUGAUGGAGAAACAGCUUGGUGCUGAUGGGCAGCUGAUUAUAAAACGGACCUACUAUUUGUGA